UAAAUCACGCGUCGCGUUUCGCGAUCCAGCCGCGGCGGCCACCCACGACCCGCUCACUCCGGCGGUCACCGCGCGCCUUCGUGACUCCUCCAAACUCUCAAUCGGAACGGGAACUUCAACAUCCACUGCCUCUGUCCGUCGACGAGAGCGCUUUGCUCUUGGCCGGGGGAGUGGGGGGGGGGCCGCCACGAGCCACCCGCGGUUCCAGCAGGCCGAGCCAUGGCACUUCAGUGCGGCGGAGACAGCGACGUGAAGACGCUUCUGAACUUCGUGAAUCUCGCCUCGAGCGACAUCAAGGCUGCGCUUGACAAGUCGACGCCGUGCAAGCGAUCCGUGGAUCACCGCAAGUACCUACAGAAGCAGCUCAAGCGCUUCUCGCAGAAGCGCGCGAUCUACGGAGCGUCGGGCUCCGGAUCUGGAGCGACCUCCGCGGGGGGCACCAUCUCGUCAUCCUCCUCUUCGUCGUCGUCUUCUUCGUCUUCGUCGUCGUCGUCGUCCUUUGCCUCGGGCGCAGUCUCCGGGCGGCAUCCGACGCCGUGCGGAGGUGACCCUCGCUCCGCCUCGCUCCCCGCCUGCUCGGCGCUCUCAUCGUCGGCAGAGAGCAGCGACGGGGAGUCGAACGCGUUCGCUCUCAUCCCGAGGCCCUUCCCCGGCGCGUCCGCUGCCUGCGCCAGGCAACCGCCUCGCUUCUCGGCCGAGGAGGAUGAAGACCACGAAGACGACGACGACGAAGACGACGAGGAAGAGAUGACGAGGAGGAGGGGGAGGAGGGCAACCGCAACGGCGGCGGAUCGUGGGGACCAGAGGAUGUCUUUGUCGGCACCGCUAGUUGCUCGCUCGAGGCCUCCCAUCUCCCACCACGACCCCUCGCGCAGAGCCACGGGGGCCGCGCCCGUGGCGUUCCGCGCCCUCGGCGCCGCGCAGCAACAGCAGCAGCAACAACAGCAGCAGCAACAGCAGCAGCAGCAGAACGUGCCGCUCAGGAAGCGACAGCUGCCCGCGUCCUUCUGGAAGGAGCCGGAGCCGGCCGAGAAGAGACCUCGCGGCGAGAGAGGAAGCGCCCUCGGCGCGUCGCUCGUCGCGCCGGGUGACCACCGAAUCCGGGCGAUGAUGCGCGACGCGACGCGACAGUUCGCGACGCGCGCUGGAGUCGGACAACAACAACACCACCACCAACAACAACCACUACCUCCCCCGCUACCACCACUGCCACCGCUGCCGCCACAGCAACGACAGUCGCCGCAGCAGCAGCAGCAGCUGCUCCUCCUCCAGGGAAUGGAACCGCUCGUGCAGAUGUCGAAGGGCCACCUGAGCUUCCUGCAGGAGCCGCCGUCUUGCGCGGACGCCGCCGCAGCCGCCGUAGCGGCAGCAGCAGCAGCGUGCGCCGCGCACCCCCCGACUCGGCCGUACUGCGGUGCCGCCGCGUACGCGGGAGACGCGAGCGGCGCCUCCCCCUGCGCCUCGUGCUACGCGGCCGCCGCUUCCUACUACCCAGCUCCAGCGCGGUACCUCGGCUCCCUGCCCGCACCGCAGCUCGGCCACGUCGGGCACAUCGGCCCCGCUUCGCCAACCGCGGCAGCGGCGGCGGCGGCGUCGCGACUGAUGUCCGCCUACGACUUCUGGACGCGGUUCGAGGCGCGCACCCUGCAGGGCACGACCGAGCGGGGAAUCGAACCUAUGCUGCUGCACGGGGAAGGGAUGGCCGGGCUGAAGGCGGCGGGGCUUUUGCAAGCGACCCCCGUGAAGCCCAUCGUGUGGAAGCCGAUUCCGACGAAACCCGCGCUGCCGUUCCCGUCGUCAUAUGCGCUCGUGGCUCGCCUCGACCCGAAUGCGUACACGGCGUGAGCAGGAACUAUCAAACAACAACAACAACAAUAACGGUGCCCAGUCCUUAAGGCGCUAUUGGGGUGACUACGUGCACUUUGAGGUCACGCGAAUUGUCGAAGGCUCGGCGGCAAGAGGUCACAUGAGGUCACGGCACAAGCCCUGUUCUAAUGGGCACACACACACGUGGACACACACACGUGGACACACACACACACACUGCGGUGACGCUUUAGAACAGAUUACGUGCAGCCAGCACCGACACGCACCUGUGACGCUUCUUUAGCAGCACGAUGCUGUAAUCCGUGACUGAUUUAUUUCGGGAUGAGCACGUGGCGGAUCUGCUCCACGGGGAGGAUGCUUCUCAAGCACGUGUCGCGGCUGCGCCCACGUUGCGUCUAUUGGAGAUACCCCCCCCCCCCCUCCCAUCGUACCCACAGCACUCUCUCUCUCUGAGAAUGGCACUUUCCAAACCGUCGGUCUUCUCGUCACUCACGUGUAGAGGACACCGUUUAUUGCGCAAGAGGACGAUUAUUGUUAUUGUUUGGCACAUCCGAUGAUUUUUGGGGGGGGGGGGGCUGUCCCGCGCGUUAAUUUGUUCGGCCGCCGAUUUCAGACACAUCGCAAAAAAAAAUCGUGAAUGGGGCAGAUUCUUCCGGAACUAAACUGAGCCCAGCACAUGAAACGCAACUUCGGACAUCGUGCAGAAGAACACGCGGCCACGACUAGCCCCCCCCCCCCCUCCGCCCCCCACCCCAAAAAAAUACAUCGGAGAAGCUUUCCAGCGGCAUGCAGCCAGCAGCAGCAGCACGGGUGCGAUUAUCCAACGCAGACUGCAGCACCUUGCUGUCCUGAACGAUGCGAAGAGGCCCCGUUUUAUCCAUGACAUUGAGCGGAUAGUGCCUCUCACGUUCAAAAGGAAGAAACACACGCAAGAGUCUGGAAGAAGAGGGGCCUUCUCGCCUACAGCAAUCGGGACGUGCCCUGGCAGUCUGUUGAUUGGCGUGACUCAGCUGAUGAGCUCCUGUGAGAGCGAAGCGCGGUCGUGUCUACCGCAAGUGCCCAGAGGUGUCGUUAUCGAAGCGCUGGUGUCGCUGACAUUUGCGCGGGGUGAUGUAUCAGAGAGUAGAGACUAACACGUUUAAAUAUACAUAUAUAAUUUUGUAACCGAGAGAAAAGCGAAAGUUUGGUAAUUUAUAUGUACAUAGAGUGUCGUAGCAACACCGUCAGCAGAAUCGAUAGUUUCGUUAUCUUCAAGUCAUCGUCAGUAGCAGCUACAUCAACGGCAGCAUCAUCAACAUUUAUCAACACCGUUGCUAGCAGUAUCAUCAUUAGCAGCAGCAUGUCAUCAUCAACAACGUAGUCGUAUAAGCAUCAUCAAAACAUCGUAAUCAUCACUUUGCUUCUCAUGCGCAACUUACUACCCAGGUCCUUAAUGCGUGACCUCCACACACAUAUGGAAGGGCUGCUUUGUGUAAGAUGCUGAUUGCAUCAUACGCAAUCAGCAUUGUUGCAAGAUGCAAGACAUGGGCCAUGUUAGUGACGCUAGCUAUUGGUUAACGUGCGCUUCCAAGUGUUAGACAAUUCAAGGGUUGCACUAUAACCAUACAAUGGACACAACCCGUUGCACCACAAUUGCAUAUCGCUUGACUUCUGUUCAUCAUCAGCCAUGGUGUAUUCACUGCUGGAUGAAGGCCUCCCCACGUACCCGUCGCCUUAUCACGUUGGACCUUCGAUGACCGAAUCCGUCUCGCUCCCGCGCCACGAGCUGAUCUCAUUCUUCCACCUCGACGGGGUUUGCUUCUUCCUUUGUGCUGCCACCCUUCCGUCACCAGUCUCGACCCGAGGCCGUCGUCUCUGCUUGCCAUGCUGCGUCCUGCCCAAGACCAUUUUGCUUGUUUUUUUUAGAGCAGUCAAAUGUGAUGUCUCUAUAAGGCUGCUUUCCUCUCUCCAUGUCUCGUUGUCGUUCUCAGCGUGCAAUCUCUUCGUGCUUCUUUGCGCACUUUUCAGCUUUUGGUUCACCUCUUUAUAAUACAGGUCGGUUUUUUUUUAGGGGGGGGGGGGGGAGUUAGAUCGCGUAAAUAUGUGUCGCUAAACUCGCCACCCACGCGACACGGCUAAUUAGCAAGGUUUGUCACGUACACAGAACAUGCCAAUUCGUUACUCUCCAACACACCGGUGUGCUGUACCAGUAACGAAUUGGCCACCACAUCUACGCCUCUAUAUAAGGAACGAAACAGGUGGACUGUUCCACAAGUCUGGCUGUCGCCUGAUGAAGCUAGUUGUAAUUACUGGCGAAACGUCGUACUCAGAUUGUAAAUGUUGUGGCUUGCCUCUCCAACACACUGGUUAGUGCUGUACUAGUACACUACACUAUACACUACACACUAGUGCUGUACUAGUAUACUACACUAUACACUACAUUAUACACUACUGCUGUACUAGUAUACUACACUAUACACUACAUUAUACACUACUAUACACUAGUGCUGUACUAGUAUACUCACUAUACACUACACUAUACACCACUACUAUACACUACACACUAGUGCUGUACUAGUGACGAAUUGCCACGUUCUGUUUACGUGACAACCUCUUACUAGUUGGCUGUGUCGGGUGGUGGCGGAUUUAACGACACAUUUAUACAUUUACGCGAUCUAACCCAAAAAAAAAACUGUAUUAUGGAUAUUGAUCGCGAAAGCCUGCCACGUGUUAAACUGUUUCCCCUAUCUUCGGCUGCGUCCGCGUUUCCGAUGCACGUGUCGUAGCCCGCGACGCACCGAUUUCAAUAUUUCUUCUUUCAGCCUUCAAACGAGUCACCAACAAGGAGUGCAAUCUAUUUCGUAGAGCGCCGAUUUCCCACCUUGACCACGUCCUCGUGGCAGAUCCCAUUCACCUCGCCCUGUCUUGCCAAAUCGUCAGGUACUGGCUUGGAGAUGUUUAGAAUCGAACGCCUUUGGCUGUGCAUCUAUCUCCAGUACUCGACUCACUGGCGCGUUCCAGCUAAAUUAUUGGCUCAAUAUCAGCUCUGUAUGUGUGGGAACUCUCGCUCUCUCUCUCUCUUCUCUCUCAUCUCUCUCCCCUGUCCUUCUCACCUCGCUGCUGCCCACAAUGUGCCCACGUUAUGUCUCUCCGUCUCGUCUCCAGUUCGUGAAGGGUUUGAGUCCUUCAGACGUCGCGUCCUUACCCCGGCGCUUCCUCCUCACAUACCCCCCCACACCCUCCUCCUCCUGUGAUGAAGGAACCCCCUAAACCUCCCACCCUCCCCCCCCUAUCCGUGAUCGACGGGCAACGAAGAGGCCUUCAUCCAGCAGUGGAUUGACAGACUGGCUGUGAUUUUAGAAUGUAUUUUUUUUAAAAAGUCCGGAGAAAACUCCAACUAAGACUAAAUUGGGCUGGACGAGGUUUUUGUUUGUGUGGCCACGUGUUGUGUAAGUGCACGCAGCGCGUGUGUCGUGUGUGUGUCGUGUGUGUGUGUGUCGUGUGUGUGUGUAGUGUGUGUGUGUCGUGUGUGUCGUGUGUGUGUGUCAUGUGUGUUCUACAGGGCGAUCCGUUUACAGAUACCCCACUCAAACAAGUUUGGAGGAACGUAAUCAGGAAAGGACGAUUUUACUUGCAAGCCUCUGGCACGCGUCACCAACCAAUCUCAAAACGUACACCUGGUCGACGUUUUGUGUCGUUUAAACCCUCGACAAGACACGAAGGGCCAUCAACCUCACAGAGUCCUAUCGACACAUUGGGAAGGAAGUGAUGGCGGGUCGUGAGAAACCGGCGAGACACCACACACACACACACCACACACACACCGCACACACACUAUACAUACACACCACACACACCACACCACAGACACCACACACAUACACACCACACCAACCACACACACUGCACACACAUACACCACACACACCACACACACACCACACACACACACCACACACUACACACACACGUUCAGGAGAAUCGCCUGGAUAUCAUUCAGGCCGUCGUGGGACAGAAUCAGAGUCCACGUGGACUCACCAAAAGCAUUUCAUUGACACUGCCUGAUCAUCGCCGGGGGUCAUUAGCCACACAGGUAAAAGCGCAUCCCUCUCCCAAAUCGUCUCGCUCACGCCACUUGCUGUCUGAAGUGACAUCCACGAGAAGGGAGCUUCGAAGGGGAGUUCCCCCAAUGAGGGUAUUUGGCCUACUCUUCUUCUGAUUGAACGUUGUCCGGACGUCUCGGAAGAGAGAUGGGAGUACCCACGCUUUACCCGCCACCGCACGUGACCUGCCGCUCGACCGAUCUGUGCGAUGUACCCUUUUAGACUGCUGGGUUGGUCGCAGUGGCGGUGGACUGGGGAAGGAAUCGAGACAUUUGCCAAUUAUUUGAACUGCCGCGCACCUGGAGACUGAACCCGUGACCUCUCAAACGUGCGAACCAUGGCACCGCGUAAGCAUCGAGGCCCGAACAUUUGAGAAACAAGUCUGGCCGAAUUGCGUAAAAUGUUGUCACUCCACUGCCUGAAUUUCUAAAUAGUUUAUUUCGAGUGCAAGGGAUGCAUGUGCAGUGUUUGUGUUGGCGUAGUUCAUCGUCAUUAAACCGUUCGCGUCUCACGGUGUGAGGAUUGUGUCGGAGGCAGAGGAACUUCUCAGGGACAAGGGAGACCCCCGGGGGGGUGGGGUGGGGUGGGUGAUGUGACACAGCCGGAUUGUACUGCGGGAAGGAAUGU